AUGAACUUUGUUACUAAAUAUUUUUUAAAAACAAUAAAAAAAACCUUUAUUCUGGCAAUAAUUUUAACCAUACUAUUUGUACUUUGGUUCUGGACUGGUAGUGAUAAAGAAAAUGACAAAUCACCUAUCCCUGUGAUAUUAUGGUGGACAACUGGCUUCCCUGGAACUGAAGAAAUUAGACAAUGCCCAAAUAACGUAAUUUGUAUUGUUUCUAGCAGUAAUAUUAUUGAAGAUAGGGUUAAUUCAUACCUGUUUUAUGCCAGCAACAUUGAUUUUAAUAAUCUUCCUUUGCCUAGAAAGGAUGUGAUAUGGGGAUUGUAUCAUGAAGAGUCGCCAAGAAAUGUUGAGGAAUUAUCACAUGAGGAAACAUUAAUUCUUUUUAAUUACUCUUCAACUUUUAGCAGACAUAGUGAUGUUCCAUUUCCUUUACAAUAUCUAGAAUCUGUUAAGGAUAUAACAAGUACCAAAUUUUUUAUUCCAACAGAAAAUAAAAAUAGCUUUAAGGACAUUGCUCCAAUAAUGUAUUUACAAACAGAUUGUGAAACUGCUACAGAAAGAGAUAAAUAUGUAGAGGCACUUAUGAGGUAUAUAAAAGUCGAUUCUUAUGGGGGUUGCCUCAAGAACAAGCAAAUGCCAGCAAGGUUUGUUGAUGAUUAUCUAAACCGUUUAAAUGACGACGAUUUUUUGCAUUUUAUUGCGAGAUACAAAUUUGUAUUAGCAAUUGAGAAUGGUGUUUGUGAUGACUAUAUCACAGAGAAGCUUUGGCGGGCUAUCAAAGUUGGGACUGUGCCUAUUUAUUUUGGUUCACCGACUGUCAAGGAUUGGCUCCCUGAUGAAAAUUCAGCAAUAUUACUAGAAGACUAUCCUACACCUAAAUUAUUAAGUGAUUACCUCAAAAGGUUAGACAAUGAUAAUAAUUUAUAUGAGAGACAUUUAGAGCAUAAAACAAAACAACUUAUAUCCAACAUGCGCUUGUUAAAUGAAUUAAAAUUAAGACCCUAUCAAACAGAUGCUUUGAAAGUUGCUGAAGAAUUUGAAUGUUUCAUAUGUAAGAAGUUACAUGAACAAAAAUUGGGCAAAGUCAUAAAAAGUGUUGUAAAUAAAUUACACUAUAAUUGUCCACAACCAGUUUCGGCACUAACAUUAAAUGUUAAUCCAAACAAUGAUUGGAUAUUUUCAUGGCAAACAGCUGCAACAAAGGCGAAAGAAAUAAAACAAAGAGUGUUGGGUUAA